GUCUUCUUUAGGUGCAUAGUUAGUUUCAUAAUUGCAGCCGAGAAGCAUUCGUUCGAAAGGUUAUUCCAAAUAUGAAAUUCCUGAUCCUUGUUGUUUUGGCGUUGGUAGCAGUGGUUUCGGCCCAGGAGAAAUACACAAGCAGAUACGAUGGAAUAGACGUCGAAGAGAUUCUAAGGUCGGAUCGACUCUUCAAUAAUUACUACAAGUGCCUUAUGGAUGAGGGUCCGUGUACUCCGGAUGGCAAGGAGUUGAAAAGAAUCCUUCCGGAAGCUCUUCAAACCGAUUGCGUUAAGUGUAGUGAGUCUCAACGUGCCGGUGCCAUCAGAGUGGUCAACUAUUUGAUCGAGAAUCGUCCGGAGCAGUGGAAAAAUCUGCAAGCCAAGUAUGACCCGGACAACAUCUACGUGGAAAAGUACCGCAGUGAGGUGGGAACGAGUGCUACCACUACCGUAUAGUGAUGAAUUCACAGUAAUUGAACCUGCUGGAUUGAUUCAGUCUAUUGAAUAAUUAGUUGAAUGAUUUGUACUUCAUCCAAAAAAAAAGUAAGAAUUAUUAAAGUGUUCUAAAACCAGUUUGUACAGAAAUCCAAUAAAAAGAGUGCAAUUCUAUUAGAAUACAAAAAACUGUUUGUGCUUAA